AUGACCCCAGAGGCGCAAGCGGUGCUGGACGAGAAGUCGUCCACUCAGAAAGAUGGAGCCAGCGGCAACUUGGCUGAUCAUGCCUCACUGAAAUACUCUCUGUUGGGUCCAUCCCUGACAAAGGCAGGCCAGGACUCGGUAUCCGAAAUCAUCUACAACGCUUCAAAGGGCUCCAAAUUUUUCAACCAUGAGGAGGCGCGGGACAAGUCUCUAACUGCGAAAAUCGACAGCAUCCUCGCCAAGAAGCGCCGCCUGGAGACGCAGGAUCUCUCACGGGAGCUCCGGGCAGCGGAUACCUUGCUCGCGCAGCUUGAGCUCUCCCGCGACCUGACACAGCACAUUGUGCACAUUGACUGCGAUGCCUUCUAUGCCGCAGUCGAGCAGCUGGACCGGCCUGAACUAAAGGACCUCCCGUUUGCGGUGGGCGGUGGCGUUCUCACCACCUGUAAUUAUAUCGCUCGCACCUUCGGAUGCCGCAGCGGUAUGGCCAGCUUCGUAGCCAGGCAGCUCUGCCCUGAGCUGAUUGUCCUUCCCCUCAACUUCGACAAGUACAAUGCGAAGGCAGCCGAAGUACGGGAGAUCCUAGCCGAUUACGACCCAAGAUUCGAAAGUGCCAGUAUCGACGAGGCUUACCUGAACAUCACCGAAUACUGUGCCAACCACGACAUGGAGCCUGCCGACGUGGUCUCGCAGAUGAGGAGGGAGAUACACGAAAAGACGCUUAUCACUGUGUCCGCAGGCAUCGCCGCGAAUGCACGCCUCGCCAAGAUCUGCUCCAACAUGAACAAGCCCAACGGGCAGUUCGUCUUGCCGCGCGAACGAACCGCCAUCAUGGCCUUCAUGCGAGACCUCCCUUGCCGCAAGGUUAACGGCGUGGGGCGGGUGCUGGAGCGCGAACUGGCAUCUGUCGGCAUCAAGACGUGCGGCGAUAUAUACACUCAACGGCAUUAUCUGGAUCAGCUGUUCGGCCACAAGACGUAUGAGUUCCUCCUCCGCUGCUAUCUCGGCCUAGGGCGCACGAAUAUACAACCUGCUGAGGAGUACGAACGCAAGAGCGUCGGCACCGAGAGCACGUUCCGCGACAUGGGCGAUCCCAUUCAACUGCGCGAAAAGCUGAGGCGGACGGCGGAGGAGCUGGAGUCAGACAUGCGCAAGGCUGAGUGCAAGGGCCGCACACUCUGCUUGAAGGUGAAGUUGCAUACGUUCGAGGCUCUGACGCGCCAGGUCGUUCUUCCGAGGGCCAUACACCUUGCGGAUGACUUGUACAACUACGCGUUGCCCAUGCUGACAAAGCUGGAGCAAGAGAUGCCUGGAUUGAAACUGCGCUUGAUGGGCCUGAGGUGCACCCAUCUCGUGAGCACCAAAAAACCAGAUACGCUGGCCUUCUUUGGGUUGAGGCCGCAAAGAUCCACAUCCACUGAAUCGGCAGAGGCCGACAGUGCAUGGAACCACGAGUUUCGGGGAGAAACGAAGCUUGAUCAUGACACAGCUCCCGCCGAAGUCUCCGGGAACGCACCCCAUCACGGUCAUGGGAAAGAGAUUGUUCCCAAUCCAAAACGGGAGCGCUCAGCGACGGUGGAGGAUAAACCGUGGGACUGUCCCGUGUGCGCCAGGCCACAGCCUGCGGACGAAAAACAGUUCAAUGAACAUAUCGACUUGUGUCUGUCCCGGCAAGCCAUCCGAGACACUGUUCAGCAAGACGCCAUGAAGCAGCAGCGACAAGUCGAGAAGGGCGCCCCGGAUACAAAGAAGGCCAGGGAAAAGAAGAGGGUACGGGAACCGGCACACGUAGAUCCCAGGCAGAAGAGGCUGUGUUUUGGGUGA